UGCUGAAAUAAACACAAAAAAAUAAUGAGAUGUGAAUUGGGAAAGCAGAGAUAAACGAGUUUAUUUAUUAAAGCGGCAACAUGACCAAAGUUCCCCUUUGGGUUUUAAUCCCUCCUUAUGGUAGUUCCACACCUGAGCUCACCUCCGGGCUCACACAGACCCAGCCAGUGGUGAGCAUUGCUGGGUGCGCACAUGGCCAUGUAGGCUGCGAGCUCCCGGUUGUCUGAGCAACAGGAUGCUCAUCGCCAACCCCGGUGAUAAUUAACUCAUUUCCCUGUAUUUAUAGAAAACCGAUGCGGUGCAUGCUGGCACUGGUCCCUGAUGGGGCCACGUUUGGUCACAAUACCACAGACAACAUCCUGAGCGCUGGCCACUUCUUGCCAUCCAUCAGCUCCACUCCCACAGCCGGCUCAUUAGGACUAAAAGCGGAUCGCUCGUUAAGCCAGCAGGGCAGGGGUGCCCACCUCCAGGUUUGCUGCAGGGGAUGUUUGCGUCGGUGUUGCCUUCUCCAGAUGCCAGGGGCUGCAUACAUCUCUGCUAAUAGCAGUGAGCUGCCGGCUGUGCAGACGCACGGAUGCUCAGCACUGGAACUGCCUGACUUGCUGCGGGGACGGGCAGCAUUUCUCUUCGCUUCAGGGCAUGUGUGUGCCAGCUGCUUUAAUUGAAGCUGAACCGCCCCACCACCCCACCACGGAGGGGGUCACCAACACCUCGGCUGCUCACUGCCCGGAGCACUGGGUCGAGCCCCAGUUCACACAGGCAGCAAAGGUGCGCGUGGCCGUCACGGCCAUCUUCUUCUUGCUGGCGGCGUGCAGCAAUACAGCAGUGCUGGGCAGCCUGCUGAGGAAGAGGAGGAAGUGCCACGUGCGGCCACUGAUCCUCAGCCUGGCGCUGGCCGACCUGCUGGUGACGGUGACAGUGAUGCCCUUGGAUGCGGCAUGGAAUGUGACGGUGCAGUGGUACGGCGGAGACCUCUCCUGCAAGCUCCUCAACUUCCUCAAGCUCUUUGCCAUGUACGCGGCUGCCCUGGUGCUGGUGGUCAUCAGCCUGGACCGGCAUGCUGCUGUCCUCCAGCCCUUUGCCCGUGCCCAACGCCGCAAUGGGCUGCUGCUGCGUGCUGCAUGGCUGGGCAGUGUGCUGCUGGCAUCACCCCAGCUAUUUCUCUUCCACCUGCACACGGUCCCAGGAGGGAACUUCACACAAUGCGUUACUCACGGCAGCUUCCGAGCACACUGGGAAGAAACUGUCUACAACAUGUUCACCUUCACCACCCUCUAUAUCACCCCCCUGAGCAUCAUGAUUGUUUGCUACGUCCGAAUCAUUUGGGAGAUCAGUAAGCAGCUAAAGAUCAACAAAAGUCUGGUAAGAAGUCAAAAUGACCACAUCUCCAAGGCACGCAUGAAGACUCUCAAGAUGACCAUUGUGAUUGUUGCCACCUUCAUCAUCUGCUGGACCCCGUACUACCUCCUGGGCUUGUGGUACUGGUUCCAGCCAGCCAUGAUCCAGAAGAUGCCAGAGUACAUCAACCACAGCUUCUUUCUCUUCGGCUUGCUGCACACAUGCACUGACCCCAUCAUUUACGGACUGUACACCCCCUCGUUUCGGGAGGACGUGCAAUUGUGUCUCAGGGGAAUUGAAGCAGCCAUUACCAGGCAUGAGAGACACAAACCCAACUUAGUCUCAGAGAAGACCACCAAGGAUGGGGCUGUCAAUGGCCAGGUGGCAUCGGGUGGCUCCAAUGGGACAACCAUUAACACGGUGUGCUGAAGAGACAUACCCAAAAGGAGACUAGAAGUGCAGCAUCAGGGGCUGCUUUGUCUGGGAGGAUGAAUUUGGAGACAAGUUCACCAACUGACUGUGGGGGGUGGGGGUCUAUAGCCAGAAACCAUGAACAUUUCUCCUGCCUGUACUCAGAGUGAAUCCUCAGGUAGGAGCUACUCUCUCACCCAGCACAAGGAAGAUGCAGUAGAGGGGCUGAGCUUCACUCAUUAGAGCCUGACAAGCCUGAGAUCUUGUCCACUUUUCUUGCUGUGACAUCCAUAAAAGCAGUUUUGGGGUCACUGCCUGACCCUUCUCCCCUCAGUCUACCUCUGUAGGGAGGCAGGAGAUGCUGUGGGGAUGGAGAUGGACAAGAAUGAUACAAAGAGCUGCAGUAGGCUGAGGUAGAAUUGGAAGGGACACAGUGGUGUCUCUUCUCAUGCAGCAGUGGUGUGGAUAUGUCCUUAUGUAGCAACAAUCUGAGACACAGGGUUGACCAGAAGUGAGGAUUUGGGGGUAACCAAAGGGUGAGACCAAGACCUGCUGCUGCCUAGCCCCUCUCACUGGCAAGUCUCACGCCAGGCACAGGCCUGCAACUGCCAUCUUGCACACGCUAACAGAACAAACCCCAUCUUUUCUCUUCCCUCCUUUCCCCUUUAUCACAUGCUCAUAUUUGCUCUGCCCUAACACCCACACCUCACUUCUGACUCCAGUCAGAGUGCAUGCAGCCAGGUGCAGUUGAUGGCCCUGUGCAUCCUAAGGAGGACUGUGAUGGGAAACACCUGUGGGUGGAGUGCUCAUCAGCUGCUCUGGGUGCCAGCUGGGUGCUCGUGGCCUUUAAAUGCACUGCACAGAGAAGAGAAGCUGCUAGAAGAGUCAGGGUGGUGGAAGGAAGGAGUUGGUUGAGCUCUGGAAAUUUCCCUAUGCAAAGGAGCCUUCAAACCCUGCCACGUUUCUUCCCAUCUGUUCCUUCUGCCUGGCUGGUGGGCUCCCAGGUCUGUGCCUCUCCCUGCAGCAAAGCAACCAUCCAUCAAACAACUGCUGCUUCAGCCCCUCCUUUUUUAAAGGGCCUUGGAUCUCCCAUCUGUUCCCAAAGAUGUUUCAUUUGCAGGCACACACCAAGGCUCUUACCAACACAGCACCACCCUCCAGACAGUACCAAACAGCUUUAGGAUUUCUGCCUGGCAUCCUGCUACCCUAAACCCAUGGCACACUAAAGAUCACGUGUUGAGAUAGACCAAAAGCAGGCAAAAAAAAUCUCAGAAACACAAUGCAUGCUUCAAACCUCAAGUUCCUGGAUUGGAAUAUCCAGCUACUGUAGUUGAAUCUGUUGUGCAAUAAAUUGUUGGUUUAUGUAUAUUUUAAUUGCAAAUCACUGCUAUAAUUAGCACGUAUGUUUCGUGGGCUGUGGCAAUGCAAUGUGCUGUACCAGUGAGCAUUAUUAAUGGACUGUAAAAGGCAAUGGGGAAUUGGACUAUAAUGUUCUUGUUUUGCAAGCUGUAUGGUGAAUAAAUAAAUUGGUCUUGGCAGUAAAAUUAACUGGAAUAAAUGCUUCCAGCUCUAUCCACCAAGGAGAGGGGUUGCUGUACAUGUCCUCAGAACUGAGUUAGGAAACCUAAUUGGCAGGUUGUUAUUUCUGGCAAUUAGGUAGCAGAACAAUGUUAGAGAAAGAAAGAGAUCUUUAAAGUAUGCCAUGAGUAGGGUUGGUAAUCACAGACUCCUUUGCUAUGGAUAUGUGGUGAGAUCAUGUUCUGGUUAGCCCCAACCCUAAAAAGGCUGCCAGGUGGCUGUGCAUGGAACCCUUUACCCUCUCUCUUCUUCCUGUGGAAAAUAGAAGUGGAAAGCAGUCUGACAGCAAAAUGCACGCUCAGAAUUGAUGCUGAAGUGCCCAAGUCUGUCUGAUCUUAUGUGCCCAAGGUGUGGGUCAUAGCUGAGAGCACCAAUCCUGUACGUGUUUCAUGGGGAGGAGGGAUGGCACUUCAGUAGAAGUCAUUUAGUUUCUUCCAUUUUGGUUGCUGUUUUAUUUUUUUUCUUACAAUCAUUAUGCUUAAAUAUAAAAAUUAAUGGUCAAAAUCAUAUUCUGUUUUAAAUGUGAACCCACCUGCAUUGAUACAUACUAAACAUCACUACAUACAGUUUCUGAAAACAAACUUGGACUUUGUCUGACAUACAAGGAAAAACUUUCCCUUCUACGUAGUGCAAACAUUACUAACCCCGUCUGACAGAAAAUAAUGACAGCAGAAUAUUUCCACACUUAGUUUUCAUUAAUUUUAAAUAACUUUCUCC